AUGUCGCGCCCCACUUUCACGCUGCUCGGCCUGGCGCUGGCCCUGGCUGUAGCGGGGACCGGCACCAGUGCAGUAGCCUUGGCACCCUCCCCCGCGCCCUUUGGCUGCGGCAGCUACGGCGGAGACCUGGGCGGAGGCUACUACGGCGCGGCGGCUACGCCAAAGGGCGCGGGGGAGGGUGCCUGCAGGGGCGCGGUGGCGACAGGCGUUAGGGCUGGCGUGGCGUAUGACGGCUACCUCUCCGCCUGUACCAUCUACUUUGAUGCCAGCGGCGACUCUGAGCUGCAGGCCUCCUCCGAGGCCUCGGGCACCGUCGUCAACGGCAGCUUCGCCCUGCAGGGCGUCACCGCCGCCCAGCUGGCAACCGUGCGCAUCGUGCCCGCGCCCCGCACCUCCCCUGCCGGCAGACGGCUGGCCACCGCCGGGGUCACCUCUGCCUGCCACGACAUCGUCACCCUGCUGCCAGAGCACGUGCAGCUGGCAGCGCCGCGGCCCGCCAGCUGCAACCACACCAUCGCCGUCACCCCGCUGACCACUGUGCUGGUGUACGCCGCGCAGGAGGUGAGCGAGGAGGAGCUGAAGAGCGCCCUGGGCCUGCCCUCCACCUGGUCGAUCGGCAGGCAGGACGCGCUGCUGGGCGCCGCCACGGGGGUGCCUGGCGCCAAGCGCGUGCACCAGGCUGAGCUCAUGGUGAAACAGAUCGUGUUCAACGGCGGCGUGCUGCUGGCGCAGCGCGGCAACGCGUCCUCCUACCACGCCAUCGCGCGCCGCGUGUUUGCCCAGCUGGGCGCGCGCAUGGGCCGCUGGGCGCGCUCCGCGCCCGCCGCGGGCCGCGCGCUGCGCCAAGUGGGGGACGGCCUGUUUGACCUGUCCGACCCAGCCACCGUGCUGAGCCUGCUGGAGGAGGUGCAGGCGCAGGCGCCGCCGGGAGAGCUCGUCGCCAUCUCCGCCCAAGUGCUGCAGGCUGCCGCCAACGCGCUGGCGGUGUGGAACGAGGUGGUGGCGGCGGCGCCCACAGUGGAGUACAUGCAGAGGGCGAUGCUGGUCGCCCAGACGCUGGUGGCGGAGCAGGUGGAUGCGCUGGUGUCUGGCCAGAUCACGGCAACCGAGUUCCAGGAGGCUACCGACAUUGCCAGCGUGAGGGAGGAGAUCGAGGGGGCCACCCUGCCCGGCAUCCUCAUCCCGGAGAGCCAGCUGCAGGGCCAGACUCAGGACGACCAGGCGCUGCGGCUGGGGCUGGGGCUGGGGCUGGGCCUGGGCCUGGGCCUGCCCGUCGUGGCCCUGCUGGUGUUCCUGGUGGCCGUGCGGCGCAGGCGCACCCGGCGCGGCGCGCGGCCCGGCGGCGCCAGCGUGGGCCUGCACGAGCCCUGGGUCCAGCCCGGCGGCGGCGAGCAGCAGCAGGCAGGCGGGCCCGCAGGCCUGGCCUACCCGGCGGCCAUGUGA